GGAUCUGUCUUCAAAACGAGGGAUAAACUGGAACUGGCGGGAAGUUCAGUAACAGAAGAUCGCAAGAAGCUCUUUAAUGCUUUGUUGUUAGAAAACGCUUGAAUCUGAAAUCAGUUCGUAUCGCAAGAUUAUGAAUUGCAUUACAAGACAUUUAUUUUUGGCAUGUUUCUUGGGAAAUGUUUUUUAGAUAAAUCAAGGAGCAGAACGUUUCUGACUUGCAGAAUCAACAAGACCGACGCCCGAAGGGCCUAAACUUAGGUAUGGUGCGUGAGAACAAUAUGGCUGAAAUGAUAAUGAUGUCUUGAUCACGAUAUUGCUCAACAGAUAAUAUGGAUUUAGCGCAGUGUAUUAUUUGCCGAGAUGUUCUCAAAAUUGAAAAUAUCGUUGCUGGAUCAUGUGGCCAUACAUUCCAUCUAUUAUGCAUCACCCAGUGGCAGAGAAAUGUCAACAAUUGUCCACAGUGUAGAACAAGCUUUGUAGGAAGACCCCCUAUCAAACUCUUCUUUGACAGACCUGAUGAAGAAGAUAAGGAAGAAUAUUCUAAUGAUCCUGUAUUUAUGAAGUCCAAAAUCAAGGAUCUUAGCUCACAACUAGAAGAAAAAGAUACAAAAAUUAAAGAGGAGCAGGGCAAGGUGAAAGCCUCAAAGAAAGAACUGAAAGGAGUAAAAUCAGAGCUGAAUGCAGUUCGAGAUGCACUUGACAAGUCAGAUUCAAUAAAUAAUGUUCUUAAGAAACAGUUGCAGUUUCUAGACAAACAUAAGGAAGAAGCUCAACGGGCAAGAGAAACUGCAAGUGUGUUGCAGAGGAAUCUUGAUAACCUUCAAAAUGUCGAAGAGCUUAUAAAAGGAGAAAAGAAAGACGUCGAUACGCUGUUAAGAAAAUUUCAACACACACCAGAUGCAUUGGAACAAGUAGUCACUUCAUUGGUUAUUAUGAAAAAAGAAUUUGGAAAAUUAAGGGAAUCAAAGGACAAAAUGAGUGAUGAAAGGAAAUCUUUCCGGAAAGAAAUGGACGAAUUGCGAAGAAAGAUGCAGGCAUCUUUAAAUGACAAUAUGGCCCUGAAGGAGCGUUUGAAACUCGCUGAAUGUGAUAUGGAGCAUUUUGAAAGAGAAAAACAGCGAUUGUUGAAGAAAAUCUCUCAUCUAGAACAAGCUUUUGCCUCGCCCAGCCCUAGAGCAAGUGCAAUCAAAAGACUACUGAAAGAGAGUCCUGCCCCACAGUCCGCCAAAAAGAUGUGCCCUUCGUUCGCUGAUGCCACUGAAAAUUACGUCGAUGCAGAUGAAAACGAAGACGAUGCACAUUACGAUGCUGAUUCAAAUGAUUGUCUCAGUGAUUCUUUCAACGAGCUAGCAAAUGAAAUUGGUUUGAAGAUUGUGAACACAACGACGAUUUCAAUCCAAAACAAAAAACAACCAUUCGGAAAGACGAACAUGAACCUGAAAGUGCCAAGAACAAGACCAGCGUCAACUUCAUCAUCUUCAAGCUCAACUUCUGUAAUUCAAAAGGGGUUUAAUGGUCUUGGCGGUCAGGGUCGGUUCAUAAAAAAACGGAUUUCAAACAAAGUCAAAAUACCGAAAACAAAAGUAAACAACUUUUUUAUACCGAAGGCAAAUCCAAAAUUGCCAGAUUUCGAACUCAGCCCGGAAUGACUGUUUUGAGGUACGCCCGGAAUGAUUGUUUUGAGGUACGCCCGGAAUGAUUGUUUUGAGGUACACCCGGAAUGAUUGUUUGGAGGUACACCCGGAAUGACUGUUUUGAGGUACGCCCGGAAUGAUUGUUUUGAGGUACGCCCGGAAUGAUUGUUUUGAGGUACGCUCGGAAUAAUUGUUUUGAGGUACGCCCGGAAUGAUUGUUAUGAGGUACCUUUCUGCUGGGUUCAAACAGUAACGAGCUGAAGAUUCCUCAGUACUGGUCUCUCAAUACUGGUAGAAAGUUGUAGAUCCAGCUUCGAAUUCGUUCAAAUUAUUGCAGAAACUACGGAUAGCGCUCAAAUUCUUGCAGAAACUCAGGGAAUUCGAAAAAACUUGUACAAAGGCUGAUAAAGUUGCAUUGGCAAAAUUCAAGUGAUUGAAUUACGUCUGAAUGUUAGCAUUUUUUUAUAAAAAUUUGUAGUAUUCUAGAAUGAAAUAGUUGUAAAAAUAUAUGUUCUUUCUCUAGAUAUCGUAGUUAGUCAAAUAAUUCAGCGGAUUAGCUAAAUCCACAUCUCAUAAAUAGUAGUUUUGAUUUUGAAUACCUUGGUAAACUAAGUAUUCCAACGUGAGUUAGACCAUCCAUUAGCUAGUGUUGCUAGCUCUUUAGGAGUGUAUCAUCGUUUGAUAUACAGCCUUAUCAAACCUGGUUUAUCAAACUCCAAUGAAGCAGGGGCGGAUCCAGUGGGGUGCGAAGGGGGCCCGAGCACCCCUCAGAUUUGAGAAAAAACUUUUUGGGGAUUAAAGCUUAUUCUACCGCAAUUUUGUUUAUUAUUAUUUAAACCAUUUAAAUAAUACCGGGAAGUAUGCACAUCUCCUGAAAUUGUUAUUUCCGCUUCAAUGCCCCGUCUCACAACUGUUCAACAUUGUUAUUUCAGUCCAUGCAUUGAAGUGUUAUGAAACUCCCCCUGGUUGUCCUGUAUAGCAUUCUACAGACUCGGAAAGCAUUGUCUCCUCUUAUAUCCAGCCACUUAAGGAACCCGUGGCCUGUAAAUUAUACGAUUUUCUGCACCCGUGGAAGUGAAUCUAGCCAAUCACGGUGCCAGGUCGAGGGGUUCUAAACUUUGGCGCGAGAACCCAUGGAUUUCAAAAAUCCAAAACAUCAAAGAAUACCGACAAACCAGGGGGAGUUUCUUCGCUUCAAUCUACAGUCAAAUCUAUAAGUGGUUUUAUGACCAGGGGGAGUUGAGCUUGAACAGGAGGAGUUGAGGUUGACCAGGGGGAGUUGAAUUAUGAUACAGCACGCGACGAAUGCUUAGGCGCAAAUUUGCAAUAUGUUUUCGUGGACCUUUUGACGAUCUUUACCUGAUGCUCGAUGCAGGCACGUAAAUAAUAGGGGGGCGUGGGGGGCGUAACGCCCCCCCAAAGUUUGGAAAAUCCAGUUACAGUUGGAAAACGUAACGGUUGACUUGGAAUUUUUUUCUUAAGACCAAACUUGUGAAUUUUAUAUUUUAAGAAGUUUUUUUAUUUUAAUUUAUAAAAAUUCUAAACAUUAAAAUUCACAGGCUGAAGCUGAUCCAUCCAAUCGUUUUCUAUUGUGAAUCCCGUCUCCACUGGGUCCAAAUUGCACACUUGCCCCGUUUUCUUUUUCUUUCUUUCUGACGGGAGUUGAAUCAAAUUACGAACAGGCAAGGUGAACUUACGGAUAAGAAACUUGAAACUUACAGUUUGGAAUAAUAAUACCCGCAUUGAUCAGAAAGUAUUAGAGUGGGAAUUUUUUUAGAAACUACGAGUAGUUAAUUCAAUAAAAGAUUAAGAAUCUUUCAGUACUAAAAAUUCUCAACGCUUCUUAUAAAAAACGAGUUUAUGCUAAACUCCCCCUGCUAUUUGUUAAUGUCCUUGAGUCCUUAUCAUAAAUUCCUAUGACAAAACUGCUGUGGAGCAAGAACACAUUGCAAAAACUGCAGUAGAAGUAUUUGAUCAAAGAAGAGUAUUUCAUCUUUCGAAUCAGGCAUAUGCACAAGUUUGUUCUCAAAUCAUCAUUUCAAUUGUAAAGAAUGAAAAGGCA